AUGAAGGCAUUCCAGUACAAGAAUUCACAAACGGGCUUGGAGCUCCGGGAUAUCCCCGUCCCUGAACCUGGUGGCGAACAAGUUCAGCUCGAGGUCAAGGCCGCGGGCAUGUGUCACUCCGACUGCCAUAUUGUAUCUGGCUCGAGCGACGCGUGGCUGAUCAAAAAGCCCAUUACUCUCGGCCAUGAAGUCGCCGGGAUCAUCACCAAAGUUGGACCCGGGGUUACAGGAUUCAACGUGGGAGACAGAGUUGCCGUAUCUCAAGUCUGCCACCCGGUUGAAGAACGUGACUGGUCGCUCGGCAUUGGACUUGGCUUCGACGGUGGCUAUGCCCAGUAUGCCGUUGCUCCUGUACGCCGGCUGAUGCACAUUCCGGACGGCGUUUCCUUCGCUCAGGCAGCUGUGGCGACUGAUGCGUUGGCCACGUCAUAUCACGCUGUGGUGGCCGAGGCUGGGGCGAAGCCUGGCUUGACGGUUGGCGUAAUCGGUCUCGGCGGUUUAGGAAUGUCUGGUCUUGGGUUUGGAGCUCUCCAAGGAGCUGUUGUGUAUGGCGUUGACAUUGUUGAGGAUAAAUUUGACGAGGCGAAACGGCUUGGUGCUCAUGGAUGUUUCAAGAGCUUGGACGAGGCCAAGGACGUGUCUUUUGAUGUUAUUGUUGACUUUGCUGGCACUGGCUCCAGUACUGUGACCGCCUUGAGUGCAGUCAAGCAAGGAGGAAAGGUAGUCGUGGUCGGCUUGGCUGCCAAAACGGUCACGGUGCCAACUGACGUACUGGUUCUACGUACGGUGGCUCUCGUCGGAUCGCUGGGGGCCAGUGUCGAUGAUUUGGCCGACGUUUUGAAGCUUCUGGAAGGGGGUGUCAUAAAUCCGUUGCUGGUCGAGGUACCAUUUGCUGAAAUACCCGCCAGCAUCGAUGCUUUGGCCAAAGGGGGUGUCAAGGGAAGACUAUGGGCGGACCCAAGCAAGUAG